AUGCAUACACAUAUACACUCCCUACACACCUUCUCUCAACUUCCCUCCCCUCUUUUCUAUUUUCUCUUGCUCUCUACUCUCUACUAUGUACCUGUAACAUCUAUAACUUCUUACUCUUCUUUUACUAGUUAUUAUAGCUACAAUUAUAACUUUAAAGCAUACUUAGGGUCUAUAAUAAAUAAUAAUAUAAGACUCUUCCCUGUCUCCUUUCUACGCGUACUUGCUCCUCAAUCUACUUCUCUCCUUCCUUUACUUUUAUUUUUUAUUUUUGCUUGCUUCUAUAAUUUUAUAAUGAUUCUUAGCAACAAAGUAUAGAGAAACGACAGUUGAUGUUGGUUUAGAUGGUUGAACUUCAUUACUUUAGCUAUAAUCCUUCUUUGCAACGGACAAAGAUCUAUACAUCCUAUC